AUGAAAGCAAGCAGAGUGUUCCUCCGCUCCACGCGAGCAGGCGCACGCCCAUCUGCACUCACUCUCACUCACCGACCCAAUGCGGUCCCAGCACUACAUUCUCGACUGAUCGUCGCUUCUACCACACAGCUCUCGUCAGCAUGCUCGUUCUCCACGACACCGAGUACAUUCAAAGGUCUCGCCCCAGAUAGCUCCAACCCGGAGCCACCAAAGACGGAGCCGCACGCGAACACCGGCAGUGCUGCACAGAUCUCAGACGCUGAGUACCACGAGAUAGCAGAUCAGUAUCUGGACAACUUGGUAUUGAAGCUAGAAGAGCUGGGUGAAAAGGCCAAUGAAGGCCUGGAGGCGGAAUUUUCGGCCGGUGUUCUGACAAUCACCCUACCCAAGUCCGGCACGUACGUUAUCAACAAGCAGCCUCCGAACAAACAGCUGUGGCUAUCAAGUCCCGUUUCAGGACCGAAGCGGUUUGACUGGGUGGUCUCCGGCGCGGGACAGCACGAGAAAGAAGGCUCAACCGUCGACGCCGGCGACGACGGUGCUGGUGGACAUUGGCUCUACUUGCGCGAUGGAAGUCAGCUUAGCGAGUUGUUGAAGACAGAGCUUGGUGUUGAGCUUACAGCUCCGGGCGAGAGCGAUGCGACGGGUGGCCGAGAAGGACCUGCUGGUCAGGGAUCUACUCUGGAAUGA